AUGUUUAUCGAUAAAACGGAGACACUCACAACAAAAAAUAUUUUUCUUUGUGGGGUGCUGCCGGUGAGUGAUGCAGCAUUUGAAUCUAUUAUAACCUGCAGCAGCAGCAGCAGCAGCAGCAGCAGCAGCAGCAGCAGCAGCAGCAGCAGCGGCAGCGGAGGUGAUGCGAUAGAAGCACAACACAGAGAUAGAGAGAUAGAUGCAGCAGAAGAAUAUAUCAGCAGCCCAUCUGCUGCUAUUCCUGUAGAUGAUGAUGAACAGCAGCAGCAGCAGCAGCAGCAGCAGCAGCAGCAGGAGCAGCAGCCGCUGCUGCUGCUGCAGCAGCAAGACAACCCCACACACGCGGGAUCGGGAUCGAUGAACCUCCGCCUGCGGCAGUGCUUAGCCUGCUGCAACUCCUUGUGCUUCACACCUCACGGCGUAGCCAAGUGGGUGCAGCAGCAGCAGCAGCAGCAGCAGCAGCAGCAGCAGCAGAAGAAGAAGCAGCAGCAGCAGCAGCAGAAGACUGAGCUGGGAAGCAAACAAAAGAGAGUGUUUACGGGGGAGGAGAUGCUGGCUAUAUAUGAAGCAGCAAAUCGCUCUUCUGCUGCUGCAGAACUGAUUGAAGUUGCUGCUGCUGCACUAGAACCAGACACAGAAACCCAGCAGCAGCAGCAGCAGCAGCAGCAGCAGCAGCAGCAGCAGCAACAGCAGCAGCAGCAGCAGCAGCAGCAGCAGAGUUUUAUAGCCACAACUGCAUGGGCAGCAAUCCAGCAGCAGCAAAACAAAACCCGUAGAUUCUUUAUCCCCUUACCGGAGACCCAAAAGCAGCUACAGCAGCAGCAGCAGCAGCAGCAACAGCAGCAGCAGCAGCAGCAGCAGCAGCAGCAGGAUGAGAACAUGCUAGAAGAACUAACAUAUAAAGAAGUUAAAGCCUUUCAGCAUAUAUAUACACAUAUACAUAACAACCACAACGAGGGGGCCCCUGGGAUCGAUGGGAUCGAUCGGGGGGCCCCUGGGAUCGAUCGGGGGGCCCCCGGGAUCGAUCGGGGGGCCCCUGGGAUCGAUGGUAUCGGCAGUGGGGGCCCCGGGAUCGAUCGGGGGGCCCCUGGGAUCGAUGGUAUCGGCAGUGGGGGCCCUGGGUUCGAUCGGGGGGCCCCUGGGAUCGAUUGGGGGGCCCCUGGGAUCGAUGGGAUCGGUUGUGGGGUUGUUGGUAUCGAUCGAGACUGCCCAUACACCGCAAUUUCUGUGGGGAGAUGUGUUGGGAUCGUACGAUCCCAACACACCCCACACACCCCACACACCCCACACACCCCACACACCCCACACCGAUCCCAACACCGAUCGCAGCAGAAAGAGAUAGAUAGAGAAUCUAUAUCACCAGCAACAACAGCAGCAGCAGCAGCAGCAGGAGGAGGAGCAGCAGCAGCAGCAGCAGCAGCAGGAGGAGGAGAACCAGUGGUGUUGGGUAUUGUUGCUAGAGAUAAUAAAGAUGAGGAAAGACCCAGCAGCAGCAGCAGCAGCAGCAUCCUCAUCAUCAGAAAUAGAAACAGCAGCAGCAGCAGCAGCAGCAGCAGCAACAGCAGCAGCAGCAGCAGCAGCAGCAGCAGGGGAUGCGCAGCAGCAGGAGGAACAGCAGCAGCAGGAGAGAACAAGAAACAACUGAAAGAUAGAAAAGACCCAACAGCAGCAGCAGCAGCAGCAGCAGCAGCAACAUCAUCCGAAAUAGAAACAGCAGCAGCAGCAGCAGCAGCAGCAGCAGGAGAUGGUGCAUUUCCUCCCCCCUGCUACUGGCUACACAGCAGCAGCAGCAGCAGCAGCAGCAGCAGCAGCAGCAGCAGCAGCAGCAGCGAUGAGGUGGACACUGCAGCAGCAGCAACUGCGACAGAGAGACUGCCACUCAGACAGCAACAACACCAGCAGCAGCAGCAGCAGCAGCAGCAGCAGCAGCAGCAGCAGCAGCAGCAGGACGAGCCACAGGGGCUAAGCGAGCCUACGGACCUGCAGCAUUUCCUCCCCCCUGCUACUGGCUACACAGCAGCAGCAGCAGCAGCAGCAGCAACAGCAGCAGCAGCAGCAGCAGCAGCAGUACAGGAAGAACAGAUGCAGCAGCGGCUGAGAGACAGAAGCAUGCAGCAGCAGCAGCAGCAGCAGCAGCGGCAGCUGCAGCAGCAGCAGCAACAGGAACAGCAGCAGCAGAGCAGCAGCAACUGCGACAGAGAGACUGCCACUCAGACAGCAACAACACCAGCAGCAGCAGCAGCAGCUGCAGCAGCAGCAGCAGCAGCAGGACGAGCCACAGGGGCUAAGCGAAGACAGCAGCUAUCCCCUCCAGCAGCAGCAGCAGCAGCAGCAGCAGCAGCAGCAAGGAUAUCUCCUUCUUUGAUUGAUGAGACAGCAGCAGAAGCGUUAUAUGCUGCUGCUGCUACGAUUCCUGUUGCUGCUGCUCCUGCUGCUGGUGUUUCAUUUGCUGCAGCAGCAGCAAGCGACACAGCAGCAUCCUCAGCAGCAGCAGCAACAGCAGCAACAGCAGCAGCAGCAGCAGCUGCUGCUGCUCAGAGACAGCAGCUAUCCCCUCCAGCAGCAGCAGCAGCAGCAGCAGCAGCAGCAGCAGCAAGGAUAUCUCCUUCUUUGAUUGAUGAAACAGCAGCAGAAGCGUUAUAUGCUGCUGCUGCUACGAUUCCUGUUGCUGCUGCUCCUGCUGCUGGUGUUUCAUUUGCUGCAGCAGCAGCAAGCGACACAGCAGCAUCCUCAGCAGCAGCAGCAACAGCAGCAGCAGCAGCAGCAACAGCAGCAGCAGAAUGCAGCUCCGAUGGACAUGUAGAGCAGCAGCAGCAGCAGCAGCAGCAGCAACUGCAGCAGCAGCAGCAACUGCAGCAGCAGCCGCUGCAGCAGCAGCAACUGCAGCAGCAGCAGCAACUGCAGCAGCAGCCGCUGCAGCAGCAGCAACUGCAGCAGUAG